AUGGAGAAGGCCAACCCUGUCAAGACACCAUUGGAUCCAUCAGCAGUCAAUCUCAGCCCCAAGGAUGCAAGCCACAAAACACUGAACAAGGCUCAGACAACAAUCUAUCAACAGAUGAUUGGGUCCAUCAUGUACCUCAUGACAUCAACUUGUCUGGACCUUGCAUUUGCAGUCAGAAACCUUGCCAAGUAUCUCUCUUUUCCAAUGACAGUGCACCUCAACCAAGCCUGCCAUCUCCUUCACUACAUAUCAUACAUGUGCAACAGCAGGCUAACAUACCUUGUUGACAACAACAGCAGGGUGCUGCUUGCUUACUUGGAUGUGGAUCACACUGGGAGCUGGAAGGAGAACCCAUACUGCAUGUUGGCUUGGAGGAGUUGCUGGCAAAGGAUCAUAUUGACUUUGACUGCCAAAGCAGAAGUGGUGGCCCUCAGUGAUGCAUGCCAUGACAUUGAUUGGAUCAUCAACAUUGUCAAGGGUCUCAACCUUGUCAUCAACAGCAAUGCAGGAGUUGUACUUCACACCGAUAACCAGGCUGCACAGCGAGUUACCUCCUUGGAUGGGCCACAACAAAACAAGGCACUCACACAUCGCAUGGCAUACAUCAAGGAUGCAGUCAAAAAGGGGCUCAUCAUCAUCAAAUGGAUUCCAGGUGAGUUACAAAUUGUGGAUGGUCUUACUAAGUUGCUCAAUGCUAGAGGGAGUAACAAAUCAUGUGAAGACUUGGGUGUACUCACCAAGUAG